UACCCUCCCGUCCAGACUUUUCUCACGACCAACAUGGCUGCGCCCUGUAUGUCCUGUGGCCGAGUGCUUUCCCGUCAGAUCUUUCACGCGGUUAGGGCUAGCCUCUGCCAGAGGCCCGGAUACUGGACAACCUCGCCGGUUGACUGGCAGCCCGGGCCCAAGUCCCAGCUAUUAAAGCUAAUACAUACCACAGUUGUAACAACAAAGAAAAAUGUCCAAGCCUCAAGACAGGAAUCAUAUACAGAGGAUUUUAUUAAGAAGCAGAUUGAAGAAUUCAACAUAGGAAAGAGGCACUUAGCCAACAUGAUGGGAGAAGAUCCAGAAACUUUCACUGAAGAGGAUAUUGACAGAGCUAUUGCUUACCUUUUUCCAAGUGGUUUGUUUGAGAAGCAAGCCAGGCCAAUGAUGAAGCACCCCGAACAAAUAUUCCCAAAACAAAGAGCAAUCCAGUGGGGAGAAGAUGGCCGCCCAUUUCAUUUUCUCUUCUAUACUGGCAAACAGGCAUACUAUUCAUUAAUGCACGAAGUAUAUGGAAAGGUCCUCCAGCUAGAAAAGCACAGAGCUCCACUUUCAGAACAAACUGAGCCCAGAGACUUGAUUGGCAGCAGAUGGCUGAUUAAGGAGGAACUAGAAGAAAUGUUAGUGGAAAAACUGUCAGAUCAAGAUUACGUGCAGUUCAUUCGACUGCUGGAAAAGUUAUUGACACUGCCAUGCAGUCCUGCCGAAGAAGAAUUUUUGCAGAGGUUCCGCAGAAGUGUAACUAUUCAAUCAAAAAAGCAGCUGAUUGAGCCCGUGCAGUGUGACGAGCGAGGCAUGGCCUUCAGCGCCAGCGAAGGCAGGAGGAAGAGCGCCACGGCAGAGGCGGUUGUUUAUGAGCAUGGGAGCGGGAAGAUCCACGUGAACGGAGUUGAUUAUCUGCUCUACUUUCCCGUCACACAGGACAGAGAACAGUUGAUGUUCCCGUUCCACUUCCUGGACCGGCUGGAAAAACACGAUGUAACCUGCACAGUCUCUGGAGGAGGGAGAUCGGCGCAGGCAGGAGCCAUACGCUUGGCGAUGUCCAGAGCCUUAUGCAGCUUCAUCACUGAGGACGAGGUUGAGUGGAUGAGACAAGCUGGACUACUCACUCCUGAUCCCCGUAUCAGAGAACGGAAGAAGCCAGGCCAGGAGGGCGCCCGAAGAAAGUUCACCUGGAAGAAGCGCUAAGGCUUUUCACAGGAGAGCGAGGAGCAGCCAUGUCUGUGCCCAGCUCGUGUAGAGCACGUUCAUAUACACUGACCAAGGGAGACGACAGCACAUUUAGACAUUGUUUUGACUUUAAGUUAUGACAUGAUAUAUUUUUAAGUGCUAUUUUGUUUUGAAAGCAUCAAAAAUAAUAAAAAGAAUGUUAGAUUCAUACUC